GUGUCUUUUCCUUGAGUCCGAGAGUGAGAAGGACCCUGCUCGUAUGCAGGAGCCGGUUCAUCCGUUGGAGGGCCGUAUCAUUCUUUUCAUCUCGAGCGACGCUGACUUACGAAACGGACGAGCCGCCACAAUUACGAAGUAACCUGUGACGCCACUGGCCUGUUGCAAGACUGAUAUUGAUAUACCACCCUUUGAUGGGGGUCACAUCAUCCCUAACGGCCUUCCUUCUUUUCCUUCCCUCCGAUGAUAAAAGGCCUCCUUCCCACUCCUCCCCGUCUGCCUCCGCUUGUUGAACGACCUCUAGGAUCUCCAUGAACCAAGAUCGACACAGCAUACACUAUAUUCAGUUCAAACCUCCUCAUCUGACUUUAAUUUCCCGGUUUCGAUUUCCACCUCUGCCACGCUUCGUGUAUCCUACGUCGUGCUUCCUGUCGUCUUACCUGAAAGAAGAACUUCUGCUACAAUCUCCCACAACUGUCAUGGCCCCUCACCAGGAUGUCCCCUCGCCGGCGGGUAGUUUCACAGCCGGCUAUAGCAGAAUACCUUGCAACCCUACUACUUCUUCACAACUACACAUCGGAAGUCUGACUGCGGCUGAAUCAAAUUCACCUCUUAGCAGCUCAUACGACAGCGCAUCACUUGGCGCAGAUCUGCAGGAGACCCGGCCGCUUGUUCCCGGUGUCUACGUACCUACCAUGUGCUUCUUCGAGUCGGGUACGGAAAACGUGGACGUCGACACUGUUGCUCGCCAUGCAGUACGACUUGCUCAAGCGGGUGUGACCGGGCUGGCCACCCAGGGCUCCAACGGAGAAGCAGUCCAUCUCUCACACGCCGAGCGUCAACUCGUCACGGCAAGAACACGACAGGCUCUCAACGAUGCCGGGUUCUCUCACAUGCCCAUCAUCGUCGGCUGCGGAAGCCAGAGCACACGCGAGACGAUACAAUACUGUACCGAGGCCUGGGCUGCUGGUGGAGACUAUGCCUUGGUGCUUCCUCCGUCAUACUACGCUGGCCUCUUUGCUCCGUCAUCGGAAACCAUCUUCGAGUACUUCCAUGCGGUGGCUGAUGCGUCGCCGAUUCCUCUCAUCAUCUACAACUUUCCUGGCGCAGUGGGAGGCAUGGAUCUGUCCUCCGACGUCAUUGUGCAGUUGUCUCAGCAUCCCAACAUUGUGGGUGUUAAGCUUACGUGCGGAAACACGGGCAAGUUGAACCGCGUUGCUGCCGCUACGAGAAAGCUGGCAAAGAACCCCGACUCAAAGACUCCAGAGUUUCUCGUCUUGGCAGGUUCAGCCGACUUCUCUAUCCAGGCCUUGGUGGCUGGAGGGCAUGGCAUCCUUGCCGGCCUGGCGAACAUCGCCCCCAAGGCUUGUAUCAAAACCAUUGAGCUCUUCCAAGAGGGGAGACAUGGAGAAGCUCAAGAUAUGCAAGAGAUCGUCUCACAAGGUGACUGGACAGCGAUCCAGGGGGGUGUUGUGGGCGUGAAAGCUGGCCUCCAGGCGUGGCUAGGCUAUGGUGGUGUGGCCCGGAGCCCAUUGCCGAAGCCCACGGCCGAGCAGAUGAAGAAGUGGAAAGAAGGCUUCCGUGAACUAGUCGUUCUCGAGAAGUCGCUAUGAGAUCAACUGCCUACUCUGGCACCGGUUUUCUAUUCAAAACUAAACCAACACUCACUCACGAGCCACUACUUGGUCCUGAGUCGAGGGCGAUGUGGAUGAGAGAUUACGAGCUUCCGGAUUUGCAUGAAGGGCUCGUUUCGUGCAGGAAUUCGCCUUAUUUAAGAUGGUCAUUGGCGUUCCACUAGGCAAGCCUGUUACGGACAGGUCUGCCUCAUUUUCUAUCUCGGUUGAGCGAAAAGCUGUCUUGCGGAAGGCAAAUAUCUAUUCUCGUAGGAUAUGCAUUCUACAAUGU